AUGGCGGAAACUGAACCGUUGCAAAAACCAACCUACAUUUCCUUACAAGAGCUUCAAAAACACAACAAACGCGGCGACGCAUGGAUCUCCAUUGACGGCAAGAUCUACGACGUUUCAAAAUGGGCCAACCACCACCCCGGCGGCGAAGUUCCCCUCCUCAACCUCGCCGGCCAGGAUGUUACGGAUGCAUUCCUCGCUUUUCAUCCGCCAUCCGCCUACAAACGAAUGGAUGCAUUCUUCACUGGGAAUUACCUCCGUGAUUACACUGUCUCUGAAGUCUCUCGUGAUUACCGGAGUUUGUUCUCCGAACUCACGAAAUUAGGGUUGUUCGAAGAUAAAGGACACGGUGUUUUGAUUUUGCUUUCGUUGAUUGUUGUUAUGUUUUGUGUCAGUCUUUACGGUGUUCUGUUUUCUGAUAGCAUGGUUGUUCAUGUGCUUUGUGGUGGUUUGAUGGGUUUUCUGUGGAUUCAGAGUGGUUGGCUCGGUCAUGAUUCUGGUCAUUAUCAGAUCAUGGUGAACCGGAAAUGGAACCGGUUUGCUCAGAUUCUUUCUGGUAAUGUUCUUGCUGGUAUAAGCAUUGGGUGGUGGAAAUGGAAUCAUAAUGCUCAUCAUCUUGCUUGUAAUAGUCUUGAUUUUGAUCCUGAUCUUCAGCAUUUACCGUUUUUCGUCGUGUCGUCCAGAAAAGUCCCUCACAGAAAGAUGGAGCUUUUAGGGUUGCUUGCUUUUUGGAUUUGGUACCCUUUCUUGGUUUCGUUUUUGCCGAAUUGGCGUGAAAGGGUUUUGUUUGUGGUUGCUAGUUUUGCUGUCACUGGUAUUCAACAUGUUCAGUUCACUUUGAAUCAUUUCUCUGCGAGUGUUUAUGUUGGGCCACCGACCGCUCAUGAUUGGUUUGAGAAGCAAGCUUUUGGAACUCUUGAUGUUAUGAGUCCGUCUUGGAUGGAUUGGUUUCAUGGUGGUUUGCAGUUUCAGAUCGAACACCAUCUGUUUCCGCGGCUUCCAAGGCGUAAUCUGAGGAAGAUUGCGCCGUUGGUUAAGGAUCUGUGCAAGAAACAUAACCUUCCUUACACUUGUGUGUCUUUCUGGAAGGCUAAUGUGCUUACCGUUCAAACGUUGAGGAAUGCUGCUUUGCAGGCUCGGGAUCUUACUAAACCUGUUCCCAGAAAUUUGGUUUGGGAAGCUGUUAAUACUCAUGGAUGA